AUGCAAUUAAAAACAAAGCUAUUGCUGACCUAAUUGAUGUUAUAAAAUUUAAUAAGUUUAAUACAGGCUGGAAAUCAAGAGACUAAAGAGAUGCUGGUAUUGACUCAGAAUGCAAUUGGAAUAUUAUUGAAUUUAAUAAUUUUCUGUCUCAUUUAUGCAAAACAGAAAGAGGACAUCAUUAACAUAGUGGUUCAAUUCUAGAUAAUUAUUUAAUUGGAAAUUAUAUUUUAUAAUGUCCAAAGCAUUAACAAUUACUUCCUCCUAAUCUAUUUACUUACAAUUGAAAACAUAUUGAGAAAUAGCAAUAAAUGUUAUUAAAUUUUGACUCAUUUACUCUACCUGUACAUAUUUUUAAGGAUGAUGAUCUAAUUUUAUUCACUAUUUGCCUUGUUUGAAUUCAUUUUGUUUGUUCUCUGGUAACCACUCAACCAUACUCUGUUGCAUUUAGAAAAAUAACCCUUAGAAAAGAAUACAACGAGUCCCAACACUCCUCCAUAAAAGUAAGCAAAUCCCAUUGCUCACUUGAGUUACGGGGAUCAAGUCUAAUAGGAUCUGCUCGAGGAGAAAUCGCCACACCCAGAAAAGAACGCCAAUGUUGCUUUGGACGAAGAUCUUCUUAAUUGUCUACCAUAUGGAUUGGCUUUGAUAGAUAAAAAUUAUCAUGUGCUUCAUCACAACAAAAAGCUAUUACAUUACUUAAUGGUGUAAUCAACCGAUUAAAUUGUAAAUUCGUUAGAUUAAUUGUUAUCCAAGUAAAUCUUUCCCGUAUUUAUAUAGCGCUGA